UUAUUGCUGGAUUACUUUCGCCUUUACUUUCCACAUCAGUUCCUUUUCCCUUGGCAUUUCUCUAACUUUUCAUAUCCAUUCUGCCUGACCUUCCUGUCACUUGCUAUAACAUCUAUUACCACGAUUCUCUUAAAAAUGCGUCGUAUUAAUUUACAAGCAUUGCUGCAUACAAAUGAAACAUACGAAUCGUACCUUAAACGUCGAUUAGCAAAUGUAAUGACAAAUUACUGUGAGCAACAAAUAAAUGAAUGCCCAGCAACAACGAUUCGUCUUGAUAAGGUAAUAAUAACGAAUAAAAAUUCAUUAAUUAGUAGAAAAAGAAUGGAUAAUGAUGACGAAAAAAAAGAAAUUCUUAAACAACUUCUUGAACAGCAACGACAAACUAAUUUUGAAAGAAUCUUUACUCAGGCAAAUAUCGUUAUCCUCAACGUUACAACAGAUUUCGAUCGUUCAACAACAAUCGCUUUCGUUAUCUUACGACAAACCAAUAGUGAUAAUAAUAAUAAUCAUAACUUAUCGAAAACCUUUAAUUCAAAUGACCUAAUUGAUGCAGUCAAAGUGAAAUAUGUUUUGUCAGCACAAGUACCAUCGUUAUCACGAGUUCUUGGUGGCGUACGAAUUGAACGAAUUGCUAUUGAAACGAUACGAAAUGACAAUAUUCGUACUUCCUCGUCUUCGCCAACUAUGAAUACUAAUAACAAUUCGAAAUUAUACAUUAUUUUAGGAGCAACGGCUGCUUUUCUUCUUACCACCUAUAUUAUUGCAGCAAUUAAAGUUUGCAGGUUUGUUUUUUUUCUUCCUCUUCUAUAUUGUUCACUAUUUCUAAUUUGGUUCCCUCCAAUGACUAUUAGUACAUUAGUAGAAAUAAGGCAAUUUUUUAGCAUACAAUACUUAGGUCUAGGCUUAGGUCCAAACAUAGGCCUAGCACCCAGGCGCUUUACUAUUAAUGUUUUUUUUCCAUUUUAA